AUAACUUGAAGACCCAGAUUGACAUUGAGGAAACGAAAAGAUGGCGAACUCGGAGAUGGCUUUGUUGACUGAAAAACGUUUAAAAGAGAUGGAGGCGGAGAUGAACCGCUUUGAGCAGGAGAUCUUGGUUCCAAAAGAGUAUGAGGUGGGAGGACAUAGGAUGAUUAUUGGUGCUGGAACUUUUAAUAAGGUCAAAGCUCAGAUUAGAGGGGGACCUGAUGAGCCACCACAUAAAAUGGUCCGCCAUGAAGGCCCAGGUCCAGGGCCUCACCCAGGACCUAAGCCACCACAACCAGAGAGUUCCCAAUACUCAGAUCCCAACAUACCCUUAUCAGUGCUAGCAGCUCCCCCUCCACCUCCUCCAUCUUUAAUUUCAUCAUCAGGACCUUCUUCCUCAUCAUCAGGAGUACCAAAUUUAGCACCACCCCCACCACCACCUCCAGCAAUGCGUCCUAAUCUCCCAUUUGUUCCUCAUCAGAUAAGACAGAGGAUGCCUCCACCCCCACCUCCUCAUGCUGGACCCCCAGGACAAGGACCUCCUAGACCCCCACCUCCUUUUAUGGGGGGACAAGGUGGGCCUGGCCCUUACUCAGGAGGAUUCCAGGGGCCACCUCAUCCACAGCCCAUGCCCAACCGUGGACCCCCUAUGAGGCCACCAUAUGGGGGACCCGGUCCCCAGGGUCCCAUGCCAAUAGGACCCAAUCCUCCAUUUCAUGGUGGUCCACCUGUGGAGCAGAAAAAAGAUCCAGUUAUAGAGAAGCCCAAAGUUGUCUACUCUUCAGCCCCUGUCAUCAACAAGCCAGAGAAAAAGAAGAAGAAAAAGAAAGAUAACUCUGAAGAAGGAGGUUCUCAGGGGGAAACUGGAAACCAAAAUAAAACAGGACCUCCAGGGGGUAAUGUUCCAACAGUGACUCCUGUCCCACAACCUGAGGUUGUGACACAUGUACCGGAACCUGAACCUGUGGUGGAGGUAGUUCCAAAAAAGGAGAAAAAAGAAAAGAAACCUAAGAAGAUAAUCCGGACAGCCGCAGGGGAGACUUGGGAGGAUCAGUCUCUAGAGGAAUGGGAGAAAGAUGACUUUAGGAUAUUUUGUGGGGAUUUAGGAAAUGAAGUGACAGAUGAGGUUUUAGCCCGUGCUUUCAGUAGAUACCCCUCAUUUUUAAAGUCCAAAGUUGUGCGAGACAAGAGAACCAACAAAACAAAAGGCUACGGCUUCGUCAGCUUUAAAGAUCCUAAUGAUUUUGUACAAGCCAUGAGAGAAAUGAAUGGAAAAUAUGUGGGUAAUCGUCCAAUAAAAUUAAGGAAGAGUUCAUGGAAAGACAGGAAUAUUGAAAUAGUGCGGAAGAAGGAAAAAGAGAAGAAACGUCUGGGACUCCGGUAAUAGUGGGCAGCUAGAAGAAUUAACGACGAAAGGCCAUGCCAAGCAAAUUAGCUGUUUUUAUUGCUUGUUUUAUGACAUAAUUGAGGACGUUUAGCAUUAAAAGAACGUUUAAACCGUUUCAAUGGAAAUGAGAACUAUGAAUAAAUGUUUUGAAUCGUA